UGAUCCGAGCCGGCAGGCAGGCAGCGGUCCGUCCUCACAGGGAUCUCUCUCCAGGGGGGGCUGCGACCGUCCACCUCCUCCCAAACACACCCCCUCCGCCCCGAAACGGGAGCCGCUGCCCGGAUGUAUUGAAUCUGUUCGGCUGCGGCGGGUCUCCGUCGGACCCUCCAUUCAGUCCCGGGAAUGGAUCCGGAAUCCGGUGCGGCGUCUGCGGGGAGUUUCAUCCCGCUGAGCGAGCAGGAGCAGCGGUAUUACUCAGGGCUGCACGGGCUGUGCCAGGCGGACACUCCGGGGAAACUGUCGUCCAGCAAAGUGGCGGAGCUGUUCAAGGCGUCUCAGCUGCCUCCCGAAGCCCUGCAUAAAGUGACGGAGGUGUGCGGAGCGAAGCGACUGGGCUACUUUGGAACGCCUCAGUUCUACGUGGCGCUGAAGCUGCUCGCCGCCGCCCAGUCCGGCCUGCCCGUUCGCCUGGAGAGUGUGACGGCCAAUCUACCUCUUCCCAGAUUUGUCGGGCUGAAGAAUGAGACGGAGUUGCGAUACUCGAGCGUCCCAUCGGGCGUGGACGCUCAGGGUGUGUCUGCCUCGGGCUCCGUGUCCUGGACGCCAGCCGACAGGUGCGCCUUCAGACACCUGGAGGCCGGCGCAGAAAAGAAGGAGCCCUGGUCCCCGCCGUGGUCACCGUGCAGCUCACCGCCGCGCUCCCCGCUGGCCUACCGCACCUACUCCUACACCAAGCAGCGGAACGGCCUUGACUCAACCACCGCGUAUGAAAACAAGCAUUCUUCACGGCCAACCGUUCAGCUGGAGCAGCACUCCUCGCCCAGCAAAUACGGGACCAAAUCCACAGUGGAGCAUCCAGCCGUGGCUCGGGCUCCGUCGGUGGAGAGGCUGGAUCAGCAGGGCGCUGCAGACUACACUGACGAUGACCCCUGGAGGAUCACGGAGGAACAGCUAGAGUAUUACACCAACCAAUUCAAGACCCUGCAGCCUGACUUGGAGGCUCUAAUCCUGGGGACUGUAGCAAAGAACUUUUUCACAAAAUCCAAGCUCCCCAUCCCAGAGCUUUCCCACAUUUGGGAGUUGAGUGAUGUGGACAGAGAUGGAGCUCUCACUUUCUCUGAGUUCUGCACUGCAUUUCAUCUGAUUGUGGCUCGGAAGAAUGGCUAUCCUCUUCCGGAAAGCCUUCCUCCGACCCUGCGGCCGGGCUUCACGCAGCUCGAGGAGGACAUACCCGACACUCCUGAAAGUACAGAGCCUUUGAUUGUCUUUGAGGAUGCACAGCCCAGGCCCAGUCAGAUGGAUAGAAACAUCAUCGAGCGGCUCCAGCCAGGCUUGGCCACAAUAACACCGGAUCUGAAAGAAGAAACCAGUAAGCAAGAUUUCUUUGUUACGGCGUCGACGGACUCUGGCGUGGCGAAGGCGGGGCCAUCCAAAGAGAAGCAGGCCUUCCAGCUGGGUGCUUUUUCUGAGAGGCCAGAACCGCCCCAAGAUCUGGACCCACAGAUGCGGACCAAAACCAGGCCCAGGUCCUACUCCAGCACUUCCAUUGAAGAUGCGAUGAAGAAAGCCGAGGAGCCGCCCACCCCUCCACCGCGACCGCAGAAAACCCACUCCAGGGCGUCCUCGCUGGACCUCAACAAGUUCUUCCAGCAGGGGACAGCACCGGGGAUAAAGAGCGGAUGGCUACUGCCACCUCCAGCCCUCCCACCUCGACCAUCAACCUCUCAAGUUUCUCAUUUUAUCAGCGAGAAAACCCCCCAGAACAAAGUGCAGCAGCCAAACUUUGCAGACUUCAGUCACUUCCGAGAAGAGGAGGAGAGCACGGUGAAACCCGACGAGCAGGGGCCGCACUCCAGGUUUGGACAGAGCACUGAAGACUUGACGAAUCUGUCCAAGCAGGACGUUACUGGCGCUGCUCAUGGUCCGGCGCCACAGAAGCCAGUUCGUAGGAAAUACCAUCCAGAGAGCCAGAACCUGGAGACCACACCACCAUCAGCCGCACAGUUCCCCGUCCCUGCCAAAGCCUCGCAGAAGCUGUUGUCCAGACAGAAGAGGGAGAUCCAGAUGGCGAUCCGCAAGAACAAGGAAACCAACGCAGUGCUGACACGCCUCAAUAGUGAGCUCCAGCAGCAGCUCAAGGUGGUUCACCAGGAGAGGGUCACCUUGGAGUCCCAGCUGGAGCUGCAGCGGCCUCUGGCCUCAACAUGACCGAGCCCGAAGCAUGGCUGGCGGGCUCGUGUUACCGGGCCGUCGCUGGAUUACAGCUGUUCCUCUGUUACACAUGAAUGUUGGAUCAGGAUACUGAAUGUUGUAGCCUUUCUUUCAUGAGAACCCAAUAAAUGUUAAAGGGCUGCUGAUGAAAGUGCAUUGUCCCCUCGACGAACAGGGAUGUUACUCUUUUCCUGUCUCGUUUUAUUUGUUUAUGACAAUGUUUUGCAGGAAUAAACCAUGGUUGCUGUUUUUUUUUUUAAUCACUGAACAAUGUGCACAUGUAAAGUAACGGGUUUCUCAUGUGGUGUUCUAACUUAUUUUUCUCCCUCGGUUCACCGUUAGUUUCUUCUGUGUUUCCUAUUGUUUACAGUACAUGUAAAGAACGCCGUGCCAUGCCUCCGAUAAGCAUUUAUCUCCUGUGGAAACUGAAGUCUAAAGCAAUUGAUGGUGCUAAACAUGACCUUUUCAAUCCUAUAGUUUUUUGCACAUAAGGGAAAAGAAAAAUGAAACGAAGAUGCCCAUCUGCAGAGUUGGAUUUAGUGUGUGUAACGGGCUUGUUUGAGACGUCUGAUUUAGCAUUUAGAGCCUGAGCAUGAAACGUGUGACAGACGCUUGUCGGAGCGGCUCGUGUGUUCAUCGAGCCGCUGAUGAAUGUUGAGUCUUUAAACACUGGGUUUUUAUGAAAUGCGUAUGUUUGUCUUGAAAUGCCUUUCUUAUUUAAAGGUGCAUUAAGGAGUUUGCACGUUUUAUGAGAAACAACGGCCCCUGCAGGCCUUGGGCGUAACUGCAGCUUAGUGAAACGCUCGUGCCUGUGGCUUGCGUCCAUGUACGUGCACGGAA